AUGGUCUGUAACCUUCCAAUAUCCGAAGAGUCGUUAACGAUGAUCAAACAAGCUACAGAGGUAGAUAACGACCUAGAAAAGCUGAAAACGGUUAUCAGAUAAGGAUGGCCGGAGACGAAUGAUCAAGUACCACCAAGUUUGGCAGAGCACUUCAAUAUCCGUGAUGAAUUGUCAAUUCAGAAUUGUUUGAUUUUCAAGGGAGAGCGGUUAGUCAUUCCUUAUGGAGUGCGAUCACACAUAAAAGCAAGAAUUCAUGCAAGUCAUAUUGGCGUUCAGGGGUGUCUAAGAAGUGCAAGAGACAGUGUGUAUUGGCCUGGAAUGACGAAACAACUGACCGAGUAUAUUUUGAGGUGUCCAACGUGCAACGCCUAUCCACAAGGUCAGCAGAAAGAACCACUGAUCAGUCACGCGAUUCCCGAACGACCAUGGGAAAAGGUUGGCAGUGACCUUUUUGAGUACGAAGGGGGUGACUUUUUAGUGACUAUUUUUCCAAUUUCUUUGAGUUGGAUCAACUUAGAAGCAAGACCAGCAACGAGAUCAUUGCGAAGCUGAAGUCACUUUUUGCAAGAUAUGGAGUUCCUGAUCAACUUAUCACAGAUAACGGACCACCAUAUAACUCAGAAGCCGUUCGUGAGUUUGCAAGGGAGUUUGAGUUCGAGCAUAUCACCAGUUCUCCUGGAUAUCCGAAGUCCAAUGGAAAGUCAGAGAAUGCAGUGCGCACGGCUAAACGGUUGGUGAAGAAAGCGAGGGAGAGUGGCAGAGAUCCAUAUUUGUCGUUGUUAGAUUGGCGUAACACUAGAUAUCAAGAUUGUGGGACAUGA